GGUCACGCAGCGCCCCCGGCGGUCGGCCGGCGCCAGAGGCGGUCCGAGCCUCGGACGCGGGCGCGCCCGGAGCCGAAGAGCGCCGCGGGGAUAGGCGGGGAGGAGGAGUGAGGUUCGGUGCAGCUGCGAGCGGGCAGUUUCGGGCGAGGCUCUCUGCUUUGUGGUUUUUGUUCGUGGCAGUGGGACGGCCGGACUGGAGGAAGAGAUCAGGCUGAGCGGCGUCGAAAGUGAAGCAGCCAUGAUGGAACUAUUGUGGUCGUUCAAACGGCCCACAUUCAACAUCAACUUUUUCAAUAAUAUGAAGACCCACAACGGCAAUAAAGAGAGCGUCAGCAGCUCCUCGCACGGCUACGACAAGCUGACGACGAGCGACGACAUGGCCAUCGGCCUGACGGAGCUGGGUCCGACGGCUGCCGAGCCGCCGCUGCCGCCGCCGCCCAAACACGACCCAGGCGACGUGCCGGCUGACGCCGAGGACUUCAGCCUCACCGACGACGAGGACGACCGCACCUGCAUCGUCUGUGACCUGACGUUUAUCACACGGAAGCACCUGCGCUACCAUCAGAAGAAGAAACGCCACUACGGGUGCUCAGUUUGCGAGGACGUGUUCACCACCCGGAUCACGCUCGAGUACCACAAGGAGGAGUCGGACCACUGGACCGUCUCAGACGACGAGGACGAGUUCAUGAACCAGCCCGACGAUGACGUCAUGGAGAGCGAGGACGACGAGCAGCUGCUCUUUUAUUAGCUGUCCGCUGGCGGCUCGUCCACUCAAGUUACCCCGGUUCUCAAAGCAACGUGGUGUCAUAGACUCAUAACUGUGUGCGACUUCGCGCGGAUAUCCCGUUCCUGGAAGCCCCUUCGUUGCUUGCACCCAGAGUCGCUUGUUCCGGGUGUUCUGGCUGAAAAGGAGAGCUCGGCGCGAUUGUGCAAAGCGUGUGUGGCGUCACUGGAUCCAUGGGCGGAGCGAGCUGUCUUUGAAUGUGCAUGACUGGCUCAUGAAAACCGAUUGUGAGCGCGGAGAUUCUGACAGUUUCUUAUAGGGCCAUGCAGGCGCAGCCAAGGUAGACCCAGCGAUCUGGCAACCCGUCGCUGCCAGGAAGGGCCAUGCAGUGUUGCCAGAUUGCUUACGUGUCAACCAACUUCAGUCUAGGUUGUUGUCGACAUACGAGUAGAAUGAAUAAACUCGGGGCACCCCGGUUUUUAUAAUCUUCUCGGCGAAGAUUAUGUCAAAAAUCAAGGGUAAGGUCAGACGUAUUUGUCUACACCACUGACCUCAUGAUGUGUGGACGGGUCGGUAACUACAGAAUGAUCAGCGUUCUAGCACGUCAAAAUGUUGGUAGCAAGUAACUUUAUGGAUUAUUUCUAGCCCUGCGUAAUAUGGCCAUGGACUGUCAGUGAUACGUUUCGUUAGCUGGUCUUUUUAAACAUUCUUUUGUGCUUGGUUUUAGGUAGCAAACGACUCUCUGUAUCAUCCUGGUGGUGCUCCGUAUGGCUAAAAGUUGUCAGGGAUUUUAUUUGUCGGACUGUUGCUUGCCAAGCGAACUUGGAAACCGUGCUCGCCUUUCAGCGCACUUCAUCAGUUAGUUCAGUGUGUGCUAGUCUAGCUGCCUUUACGUUUGCAAGUCCUGCGCAAAACUGUCCGUAUGAAAAGAACGUCGCUUACGUUUCUUGUGUCAUCUAGGACGUACCAAACCGCUUCUUACGUCCAUAUGUCUCCAUUCAUCGCACAAUGAAUUCGGUUCGUGCAGAUCGCUGGCACGUUUGGUAUGCCGCCAACUGCGCAACACAUCCUGCAUUCCCCUGUACCAUGCAUGUAGAAACACUGCAUCGCCUUUGGCACCCCUGCCUCGUACCACGUGUCCUCUGGCAUGGUUGCCUAGCCAUUCCAUGUGUGAGGAUGCGACCGUUUACAUGUCAGGAGGUGUGACCGUUUACAUGUCAGGAGGUGUGACCGUUUACAUGUCAGGCGCGUGCGUGUGUCCCGCCCCCUCUGAGCCAUAUCAGUCUGAGCCGCCGGCGCGGUGGCUCUGUCCAACCGAGGUCACGUGUCACGGCCCGACCUGUGACCGGUGCGGCGCCGCAGGACAAUACACGGACGUCGGGUUG